CUCCAGCGGGACGCUUUUUCGGGGAGUAUCCGCCUGUGGUAGUAAUCCUCCAGCCUGCCCCGCUGCUCAUAGACCGGCGGGUUUCCGUUGUUCCACCUCUGAACCGAUUAUCCGUGACUCUCGGAGGGAUUAACCGCGGGGACCGAGGAGGGAUGGAGCGAUCCCGGUAAAGUUGAAAGCACAAGAGAGGCUGAGUCCGUCCGUCCGUCUGUCUGUCGGGGGCGGGCAGAGAGGCUCCUCCGGUGCUCCCACCGCGCUGAGCGAGCGGCUGUCCCCGCCUCAGAGGCCAUGGGCUGCGGCUUGAGGAAACUGGAAGACCCGGAGGACAGCAGUCCCGGGAAAAUUUACUCCACCUUGAAGAGACCGCAAGUGGAGACCAAAACGGAGACUGUGUACGAGUACGUGCUGCUCGACUUCAGUUUGGAAGGUAGCCGUCCGACGGUCCAGUAUGUGGCCUCGCUGUCCGAGCUGCCUCAGGCCCUGCAGCCCUACUACACGCAGGGUUACGUCCUGGCCGCCCUGCACCCCAUCAUCCUGUCUGUGGGCCGGACGCGCUCGCUGCCCUUCAGCUUGCUGUACCGCGCUAUCCUAGCCCGGCCCAGACCCAGUAAGCAGAUGGCAUCCAUGUGUCACAGUGUGCCAGUGCUGAGGGUGGAGGAGUGGCCAUUACCUGGAGACUCGCUGACAGGUGACACUGUCCGAGCGCUCAUCGACAGGGUGAACAGCAGCGCCCGAGGGGGCGUUCGGUUCGUCGGCUCCGUCCUCCAGCAGGUGAGCGGGAUCACGAAUGGCAGGGUGCACAGUCCCAAGAGGGGCUGUCGCUCCCCUCCACGCACCCCUCCUCGAACCCCACCUGGAGACAGGGAGGUGGAGGAAAACACCUACAGUCCAGACUUGAGGUUGUUGGUCUUCUUCCACUCCUGGGCUCCAGGCUGUGCGCCUCUGGACUCACUGGCCUGUCAGUACCACCAGGGGGCACUCUCCAUGCGCGUCUCCAGAAAGGGUCAGGUGGUCAGCGCCCUGGAGGCCGACUGGCUGGAGCUGACAGCCGCCUACUACCGCAAAGGCUGGUCGCUGGUGGACUCCUUCGUCUACUGGGACACUCCUAAAGGUGAGCCGGUGCCCAGAUCCCUGGAGGGGUUGUUUGUGUAUGAAGAGAGAAGCACGUCUCCUCCCGCUAACGACACCAUCGUUGUGGAGCAGUGGACGGUGAUCGAGGGCUCCAAUGUGAAAACAGACUACGGGCCCCUCCUUCACACUCUGGCUGAGUUUGGUUGGCUGCUCACAUGUGUGCUGCCCACGCCCAUCAUCCGUCACGACAGCGAUGGGAACCUGGCCACAAAGCAGGUGGUGUUUCUGCAGAGGCCGGUCAGAAGUCAAACAGGGGGACACCUGAGGAACCAGGCUCUGUCUGCGCACAGCGACGUGUCCAGUCGCUCGGUAAGCCGUGCGGUCAGCAGCCCCGUCCCUCCAGACGAGCUCUCUCCCACCGCAGGAGGCAUCGGGGGCUUCCCGGUGUUCGGAGGGGGGUACCCCAGCGCUCUGUCCCACCUGGAGGAAGGUGGCUUUGAGCAGGAAGAAGGGAAGGCUGAGGUCACCUGUAUGUAAGCAGGAAGACGGAAUGAUGCAGGUGUUGAACUGAGGAUUGUGGGAUUAUUAGAGAGAAAACCAGAGGAGAAAGACAUGAACUCUGAAAGUCAGAGUCACAGACUCUUGGUUGGUCAUUGUGUUCAUUUUAACAAAGACUUUAAUGUAGAAGAACUCUGCACUUUUUAAAAUGUUUUUCAUGAAGCCAUAAACAGGUAUUAUUUAGAAGUGGAUCUGUGUCCAAACUUUUUUAGAUUUAAGUCCAUGAAAGAUGAUUCACAUAUUUAAACCCAUUUUUCUGAUCAGUUCAGGUGCUGGUGGGAACAGUUACAGUAUUAAAAAGCACAAACAGAUUUCUGCACAUUAUGGAAACAGCACUGGUGGUGAAAUGAGGGAAAGAGGCUCUGCUUUGUUUUUUUUUCCACCUGAACCACCCUUCUUACUUUUCUAUUGCAUUCCUUCACAGCUUAACACUUUGUUUUUUGACGUCACCUUUGUGUGUGAAGGGGACACAGGUCAGGCCCAGCUCCUCUCUCUGCCUUUACUCUGAGGCACGAUGUGAAUAUUUAUCCGUGAGACUGUCGUAGCUUCCUGUGGACACCGGUACUGACAAUACGCAGACUGACAUCUGAUGGAGUGAGGCCUCAGUGACGGUGCUGGGCGUCGGACAUAGCACAUGUACAAAGAUAACGGUAUUUUUCUGAGGAGUUCAGAGUUGUGGUGAGCCGCGUAGAGGCCGAGGAGAAAGAAUGCGUGGCAUUUCAUAAUCAUUCUGGAAACGGUUUGGAUGUAUUGUUUCAUAUUUGCUCAGCAGUAGUGUUGGUGCACAUGUUAUUUUCCUCUGUUUAACCCACAAACUGCUGCUUAUUGCUGUUCAGUGUAUAAUGGUACUGAGUGGUCCUGUUCAGAAAGUCUCAUGGAAGAGUUCCAGUUAGUGGCUGCACACGGCUCUUUAAAGGACAAGUCUGGUGAUUUUUUUUUCACUGGGUGAUCACACGUCACCGACCUGCCCGACAAAUCCACGCAUUCCACUUUAUUUCCACAUAAUGUCCUGGAACGUUUCCAGAAAAGAACCAUGUAAGUUAGAACUAAUUACAGGUAAAACAGAGUCAGUGUCUAACAAUAAUAAGUAAUAAAUACUUACUGGGGUUUAAAUUCUGUCAGGCUGAUUUUGUUUUCCUGUGAUUAGCACCAAGCAAACGAUGUGGUUCUUUCCAGGAAAAAGUAAAGAAAUCAUUAGGAAAUAAUGGAAUUGUAAAUUAAAUAAAGUCUCUGAAGAGUAAAUGCUAAAUCAGUGGAGUGCUCUCUGAAUGCUGUGAAAGGGAAAUAUUUUUUUUUAAAGAGGACACAGUGUUGUUGUAAAUAUAUUAACUGUUUGCAUUCAUAACUGCAAAUUUGGUUUUCAGCUAAUUGUGAUGCAUGUUGUUUUUUCUUGGGAGGAAAGGGAUCAAAUGUCAGGCUGCAGCUAACAAUUAUUUUCAUUAUUGAUUAAUCUGCACAUUAUUUUUCUGAUUGUCAUAUCAUGUCAUUGGUCCAAAAUCCAAAAGAUGUUCAAUUUACUUUCAUGUGACCAAAAAAAAAAAAAAAAUUCAAUUAUCAGAAUAAUCUCUGAUUAAUUUUCAUUGCAGCUCUAAUCACAUGCACCAUAAGUGUAGUUCAUAUGUUCCAGUGAUGUAUACUCUGCCCAGGUUUGAGUCAGACAUGUGUUAAAUCAUCAGGGUUUAUUAAAUGUCAGUAUUAAUAUUUCAUCUUUUCCUUUUUGGAGAGUUGUACAUUUUGCUUCCUUUAUUGUUUUUUUUUUUUAAUUCUAUUAAACAUUU